CAGCAUAAGAUUGCAGUAAACUUCAGACGCCAUUGGAUAUCAUGCAGAUAACAGUGUGGGUAACUUGUUGUGGAAUUUUUGCCACCUGCCUCGGGUCUCCAUUGACGACCCUCGACCCCGAGACUACCUGUUACUAUGGAAGCAAGGCCUUCGCCAUAGGGGAGAGUUUCCUGAAGAGCGAGUGUGAGCCUUGUGUUUGUGCUGAAGGUCACACCAUCAGCUGUGUGUACAUCACCUGUGCGCCGACACAUUGUGCCAACCCAACUUACCUGUCUUCCCAGUGCUGUCAGGAGUGCCCGGAUGGUCUAAACUGUCAACAUGGUGACAAGGUGCUCAAAGAAGGGGAGGUGUACAGGGACGAGGGUGUGACCUGUCGGUGCCAGUUCGUCCCCCAGCAGUUCGGCUCCGCCUACCGAGCUGUCUGCAACGACACCCACAUCUAAUGUACAUCAUGCACGGACGACAAUAAACUCAAUGAAG